GAUUUAGGGUUGAGACAAGGGCUGCCGCGGCCUUGUUUGCUCUGCAAUGGCCACUAGGUACGUAGACCCCCUCUCUUUCUAUCUCUCACCCUCGAGAUUCAUACACCAGAUUCACUUACUGACUCAUAUAUGGCAGACGAAUGAGAGCAUUCAAGAGGUGGAUGAAAUCACAAAGCGUGGAAUGCAGCGACGCACUCGACCUGAUAGACGACGAUCUGGAAGGCAUUUCGGUGAGAACGGUGUGCGAUUUGCACGAAGGUGACCUGGUGGCGACGAUACCCAAGCGGAGUUGUCUGACAAUCAAGACCUCAGGUGCCCGGCGAUUGAUCGAAGACGCUGGUCUCGAGGGCUAUUUGGGCCUCUCCGUCUCACUUAUGUACGAGAGAAGUUUGGGCGAAAAGGGGCCUUGGUUUGAGUAUUUUCAGCUGUUGCCAGAGAGUGAGUGCAUACCUUUGAUGUGGACUUUGGAUGAAGUUGAUUCUCUUCUCUCUGGAACUGAGCUCCACAAGGGCUGCCGCGGCCUUGUUUGCUCUGCAAUGGCCACUAGACGAAUGAGAGCAUUCAAGAGGUGGAUGAAAUCACAAAGCGUGGAAUGCAGCGACGCACUCGACCUGAUAGACGACGAUCUGGAAGGCAUUUCGGUGAGAACGGUGUGCGAUUUGCACGAAGGUGACCUGGUGGCGACGAUACCCAAGCGGAGUUGUCUGACAAUCAAGACCUCAGGUGCCCGGCGAUUGAUCGAAGACGCUGGUCUCGAGGGCUAUUUGGGCCUCUCCGUCUCACUUAUGUACGAGAGAAGUUUGGGCGAAAAGGGGCCUUGGUUUGAGUAUUUUCAGCUGUUGCCAGAGAGUGAGUGCAUACCUUUGAUGUGGACUUUGGAUGAAGUUGAUUCUCUUCUCUCUGGAACUGAGCUCCACAAGAUAGUUAAAGAAGACAAGGCUCUUAUCUAUGAGGACUGGAAGGAGUGUAUUCUUCCUCUUACGGCUUCAGCUCCUUUAGUGCUUAAUCCAGAUUAUUUUGGUGUUGAACAGUACUUGGCAGCAAAGAGUCUUAUCGCUUCUCGCUCUUUUGAGAUAGAUAAUUACCAUGGAUUUGGGAUGGUUCCUUUGGCAGACCUCUUUAAUCACAAGACUGGCGCUGAAGAUGUACACUUUACUUCAGUAUCUUCGCAGUUUCAAGACGAUGAUGGUGCUGAUGACAACAAUAAUGACGAUUAUCACAAUACUGAUGAUGAUAAACCACGAACUCAAAAUUCUUGUUUGAGAGAGCAUUUUUCAAAUGGUUGUGACAUGGACUCUUCUUCAACUCUGAGGGAUGACCCUACAGUUUUGGAAAUGGUUAUUGUGAAAGAUGUCAAAGCUGGAUCUGAGGUUUUCAAUACAUAUGGGUUCGUGGGCAAUGCUGCAUUGUUGCACAGAUAUGGAUUUACAGAGCCAGAUAACCCAUAUGACAUAGUGAAUUUGGAUCUAGAACUGGUACUCCAGUGGAGUUCAUCUUUGUUUUCAAAUCGUCACAGUAGAAUGAGGCUGUCUCUGUGGAGAAAAAUGGAUUACUCUGGUUGUGUCAGCCAGAACUCUGAAUAUUUUGAAAUCUCGUUUGUAGGGGAACCACAAGUUGAGUUGCUGGUUUUACUUUACAUCAUUUUAUUACCUGAGGAAGCAUGUGAUGAGCUCGGCCUUCUGGCAUCAACUGUGGAGAAUUCCAAGAAAUCUAAAAGCUCUUUAUUAUUGGAGAAAGGCAAUAUCCUGUUUGCAAAAUGUUCGAAGUUGAGCAAGAAUUUGCUUCUGACAAAAGACGUUUGUAAUGCUCUUUUGUCCCUUGCGGAUAUUCGAGAAAGUUGCUAUGAAUUGAAUUCUGUAGAAGAUGACAUCAAAGCAAUGAACACGUGUUGUCCCAUAAAAGAGAGGAAAUUGUACCAUUCUUUGAUGUUGCGUGCUAGCGAGAGGAGAAUCCUUGAGAAACUGAGAUCUUACGCCUCUGCUGAUAUGCCAACUUCUUCAGAACUGCUAGCGGAGCCACAGUCACUAUGA